CACGUAGUAGAAAGGGUUCAUGGGAGAGAGGAAGUACCUGGGAAACACAGAAAUAGGUAUUUGGGUGGUGGAUCUUCCCCAGUCAAGUUUGCUCCUGUGAGCUGAAUUCCUUCGGCAACGUCUGUCUAAGGAUCAUGGCCAAUCAUGAAGAAGUGGGUGAACUCUGUAUGAUCUGCUUUGAGAGAGACCCUGUGACAGUCAUUGUGGAAUGUGGGCAUGCCAUUUGCAUGAUUUGCCUCAGAAACCAAACCUCUCCGCCUUCAUGCUGCACUGAAUGCUGGGAAUUCUCCCAGCAGAGAACUCUUCAUGGGAACGGUGCCAUGCACCCUGAAGGAGAAGGUGUGUGUGAAAUACACCAGGAAGACCAGAAGCUCUUCUGCGAUAGGAACCAGACCCUGCUCUGUAUGACCUGCUCUAAAUCGGAGGAUCAUAAGGAUGAGUUCCAUUGGCCCAUUGCAGUGGCAGCUUUCCGAUACAGGGAAGAGAUCCAGGAAAAUCUGAUAAUCUUGCAUGAACAUUUGGAAAAAGUUGAGGAACUUCUCUCUGAAGAGAAUAAACUUUUUGCAUGGGGUUUGAUAUGGCCGCACCACAAAGAAACGAACGAAAAUAUGGAUCCAGAAAACUUUCCACAUCCAGGGGAAUUUCCGACCAGGACAGAGGGAUCAAGGGAGGAUGGACUUACUGUGGUGAAGGAAAAUAAGAGACUCCGUAAACUCUUCCAGGAGCUGAAGGAGAUGGAGAUGACACAGGAAUAUCAAAUAAUGGAAGAAAAGAAGAAGUGGGAGGACAUGAUGUCCAACCAAAGGAGUAUGUUAACUGAUAUAAUCACUGAGAUAAAGGAAAAGAUUCAGAAACCAGAUAUAGAAAUGCUACAGAAUGUGACAGAAACAUUAAGAAGGAGUUCUCUAAAGCUCGAUUUGAAACUGUUCACCCCCAAACUGACACCUUCUUAUAUCUUCACGGUGAUGAAAUUUUCGAGAAUCUUUCAGAAAGUCAGCUCUUUGGGACAUAAACUCGGUGAGAACUGCAAAUACUACAACUUGUCUGAGGACAGACAGAGGACAAUUGACAUUUUAUCUCUCGAUUCCUGUAGUGGUUUUACGCAAACUGUUUACAUAGCUGAAAAUGUUUUAUCCAAUACCUACAAGCAAGGAUACCUCAUACUAACAUUUUCAGAAAAACUAGAACCACCUUCAGAGUUCUCUAGAGGGACAAAUCAUGUGGAAAGUUUCUUUCUCUGCCGCAGAACACAACCAUUGAUAAAGGAGUAUCUGAAUACUUUUGAUAAUCUACGUACAUAAUAAACUUAUUU